UCUUCCUUGCUGCGUAUCAGAGCGCAGCUGAGAGCAGCGGCUGCAGCCGAGAUAGAAUGCAGUGUCCGGCAAGCCGAGGAGCCGGCAGAUGAGGCAAGGGAUGACUCCUUCAUGUCGGAUCUGUCAGCCGUCGGUGGAGGGGCGCUGCAUGACAUGCCUCGCCUUGCUAAUACUCUCCUUCAGAAAACAAAAACCAGGCUGGAGGAGAGUAGAAACUUGCAUAGAGACAUCAGGGAGGAUGUCAUUAGCGGCUUGCACGGCCUCCAAGAAAUGAUCUUGCGCUUGGCAGACUCUCGUAACCGACAUAUUGCUGAAAAAGAAAAACAGCGGGCCGGAUACGAGCGACGGCUAGCGCAAAUGGAGGCCAAGCACGGUGCCUCACUCCUGGAAGUAGACAAAAGACAUCUGGAGCUGAUGGCUGAGGCUAAGCUCAAAAUAGAGCACACGUUUAAAGAAGUCGAGGCAGUCAGACACUUGGUUUAUGAGUUACAGGACCAGGUAAAGAAAUAUAGUGUGGGAACCGACCCAACGGCGCCAUGCCCCGUCCUGGAGAUGCGCAGGGUCCAAGAGGACAUAGCAGCACUAAGAUUGGACGUGGGAACGCUCACUAUGACCCUUGAGGAGAAUAAGGUGCAAGAACCAAGGGUCACUGAGCAACCGCAAGGAGCACCGUGGGCCCAGAAAACAUUUGCAACAAUAUUGAAAACACCUAAGCCGUCGACGCAGCCAGGGCCGAAUUUCCCUCUGCUGGUGGAGUCCGCCGACCCCCGGGAUACCAGUGACGACGUAGUUAAAGCAAUUAAAUCAAGCGUAGACGUCAUUGGACUAGGGGUUGGGGUCAGCUCCAUCAGGAGACGGAAAAACCAAAAAGUGGUCCUGACCUGCGACUCAGCUGAAGGCAGGUCUAAGCUGCAAACAGCGCUGAAAGACGCCUCUCAAAAGUUAACUGUGGCGCAAAUUACAACCAAACGCCCGCUCCUAAGGCUUCCAGGGGUCAUUAACGACACUUCGGAUGCACAGGUGGUGGAAGCGAUCAUGAGGCAAAAUACAGGGACUCUGGGGGAAGCAGUGUUGCUGAAUGUGGUGGAAGCGAUCAUGAGGCAAAAUACAGGGACUCUGGGGGAAGCAGUGUUGCUGAAUGAAAAUAUCAAAGUAGUGAGGAGAACUAAAGGGAGAACCAAAGACAUUAGUAAUGUCAUAAUCGAGGUCUCCCCUGGUCUCUAUAAAACUCUCCUGGACAUGAGAUUGAGAAUUGGCUAUCAGGUGAUUGUAGCACAAGACCAAUCACCGAUAGUCCAGUGCUACAAGUGCAUGGGCUUUGGGCACUUCUCGAAGGAGUGCUGGGGUGAGGAGUCGUGCGGACAUUGCGCGGGAAGUCACGACACGCGGCACUGUCCGAGAAGGGCGGAAACCCCUAUUUGCAUAAACUGCUCAAACAAAGGGGAAAAGCCAGAGACCUGCACCCACGGAGCUUAUAGUCAAAGCUGCCCGGAAUGGCAGAAAUGGGACCGAAUAGCUAGAAGUUCGGUCUCAUAUUGCUGA